CCAUUUCUUUCCCCUUCCCGAGCGCGAGCGCGAGUGCGAGUGCGAGCGAUCGCUCGAAGAAGGAAACCAAGGUCAGCAAAUGGAAACCGCCAUCUCCGCCUUCUGCCAAGCCCUCGCCGCCUUCUGCCACCACGUCGACACCGCCUCCAAAUCCCUCUCCGACUCCAUCCAAAGGCGACCGAUUCCCCUCGAUUCGGCGGCCUCCGCUUUCUUACAGUCCCUCGACCGCCGGAUCUCCUGCGCCGGCGCCGACCUCGAACUCCUCGAGUCCAUGGCCUUCGGGACCGUCUCCUUCGAGGAGCUCCUAGGCCACUGCAACGAGGUCUUCAAGAACCAUCAGAGUUGCAUCGCGGAUCUCGAAGAUCGGAUGCAGAGCUUCGGCUACGUCCCCGGGGUGGAGUUGGACGAUGAGGUUGAUGAGGAGAUUGGGGACGAUCCAAAAUUCGCGAGUCCGGUCAUUGGUCAUCUUAAACUUCCUGUCGAUUUUGGUUCGGUUUCUGUUGCCCGGUCAAGCAGGAAGAGGCUAGAGGAGGAUUCUUUAUUUGAGGAUUCAAUCUCCUUACAAAACCUUGGUCUUUCAGAUGCUUGCUUAGCCACUUUAGCCUCAGAAGGUGAUGGUUGUCUUUCUAUCACUGAAAAUUUUUCAGGAGGAACAAUGAGUUCUUAUGAUGGAAUAAUGUCUGGAAAGGUAAUUGCAGCUGGAUUUCAAGAACCUGAUUUAAAUGCUUCAGAUGCAUUCAGUGAUGAAUCUUCAGUAGCUAGAAAUGCUGGCAAAAAGGUUACGAAGGAUGACUAUGAUGGCCUUCCUGCCUUUAUGAAAAGUCUGGUAUCAUGGGAGGAGUUACAGGAAGCUAUUGUCAAGAUAAACUCUUUCCUCUCCGGAAAGGACAGGAAGAAGCAAAGUGAUGCAUUCAACCAAGACGAUCUAGAAAUAAUGGGGCUUGGGCGGAAAGGACGAUCAUACUUGUUGCUACUCCUUAGGAUGAAUCAGCUAGUUGCGGAGACAAAUGAGGGAUCCAUAUAUUAUAGAGUGCCUGCUGGCUGCUGCUAGAAGGUUUGUUAUACAUGUUGUUAAUGUCGACGAGGGACAAAAUUUGUCGAAGCAUUGCUUCCGCUGUUUGCUGAAGUUUUCGCUUGCAGUGGAUUACGUCUUGCUCUUCGUUUGGGUUCCACGUGAGCUGUGGACAAUUUACUUCAGGGCUUCUGAACUCAGAUACAUGAUUUGGUCUCAUUGGGGAACGAGAAGGGCGGCCCGGCCCGGCCCUCUAUGCUGUUCGCCCGGAUCAUCGGUCUGCAGGCUUGCGGUCAACGUGACGAGUAGCGCUGUACCCCUGCCUCCACUCUCCUGUUUUUUUUUUUUUUUUUUUUGCUGGAUUCAGGUACGUUUCGACGAUGACGGUUAAUUACAAAAGUAUUCCAUUCCAUGUAGUUAGUUAUUUUGAUUCUUAUAUUUUUUAAAAUUAUAUUGAUAACUUUAUAGUUGUAAAAGUAAGAUUUUUAGAUUCAUUUAUUUUAA